CCGCUCUUCCCCCCGCCCGGUCUUCUACCGCACCCUCCUGGUCCCUCCGCCCCGGAGCUUUCCGGGUCCCCGGCGCCGCCUCCUUCGCUCCCGGCUCCCGCGGCCUCCGCCGCCGCCCCGGGGACGGAUAGACGGGGGUGCGGUCGGCGACAGCCGGAGAGGAGGCCGAGACCUUGGCUGGGCCGGAGCCCGAAUUCUAGUAGGAGGGUCGGGCGGAGGGAAUAGGUGGAGGCGAGAGGAGGGAGAGCGGGGCGCAGCGGCCGGGCCUGGAGCCUUGAGGCCGUGGACAGGCGGGGAGAGCUGGGCCGGAGCGCCGAGGCUGAGUGGAGUCGGAGCCCAGGAGCUACGGCAGAGAGGCCGGGCCACCUCCGGGUCCGGGUGGUGCCGGCGGGGCUCGAUGCGGUCCUCACGGCCGCCUCUCAGUCAGAUGCUGCUGCUGCUGCUGCUGGCGCCACUCUUCCUCAGCGCCCCGGGCGCGGGCGGGGCGCAGACCCCCAACGCCACCUCUGAAGGUUGCCAGAUCAUACACCCGCCCUGGGAAGGGGGCAUCAGGUACAGGGGCCUGACUCGUGACCAGGUGAAGGCUAUCAACUUCCUGCCUGUGGACUAUGAGAUUGAGUAUGUGUGCCGGGGAGAGCGCGAGGUGGUGGGGCCCAAGGUCCGAAAGUGCCUGGCAAAUGGCUCCUGGACAGAUAUGGACACACCCAGCCGCUGUGUCCGAAUCUGCUCCAAGUCUUAUUUGAUGCUGGAAAAUGGGAAGGUGUUCCUGACGGGUGGGGAUCUCCCAGCCCUGGACGGAGCCCGGGUGGAUUUUCGGUGUGACCCUGACUUCCAUCUGGUGGGCGGCUCCCGGAGUGUCUGUAGUCAGGGCCAGUGGAGCAGCCCCAAGCCCCACUGCCAGGUGAAUCGAACGCCACACUCAGAGCGGCGCGCGGUGUACAUCGGGGCGCUGUUUCCCAUGAGUGGGGGCUGGCCAGGGGGCCAGGCCUGCCAGCCCGCGGUGGAGAUGGCGCUGGAGGACGUGAACAGCCGCAGGGACAUUCUGCCGGACUACGAGCUCAAGCUCAUCCACCACGACAGCAAGUGUGACCCAGGCCAAGCCACCAAGUACCUGUACGAACUGCUCUACAAUGACCCCAUCAAGAUCAUCCUCAUGCCCGGCUGCAGCUCUGUCUCCACGCUCGUGGCUGAGGCUGCCAGGAUGUGGAACCUGAUUGUGCUUUCCUAUGGCUCCAGCUCACCAGCCCUGUCCAACCGCCAGCGCUUCCCCACAUUCUUUCGAACUCAUCCAUCAGCCACAUUGCACAAUCCAACCCGUGUGAAACUUUUUGAAAAGUGGGGCUGGAAGAAGAUUGCCACCAUCCAGCAGACCACCGAAGUCUUCACGUCGACUCUGGACGAUCUAGAGGAACGAGUAAAGGAGGCUGGAAUUGAGAUUACUUUCCGCCAGAGUUUCUUCUCAGACCCAGCUGUGCCUGUCAAAAACCUUAAGCGCCAGGAUGCCCGAAUCAUCGUGGGACUUUUCUAUGAAACUGAAGCCCGAAAAGUUUUUUGUGAGGUGUACAAGGAGCGGCUCUUCGGGAAGAAGUAUGUCUGGUUCCUCAUUGGGUGGUAUGCUGACAAUUGGUUCAAGAUCUAUGACCCGUCCAUCAACUGCACAGUGGACGAGAUGACUGAGGCGGUGGAGGGUCACAUCACCACUGAGAUCGUCAUGCUGAACCCUGCCAAUACCCGCAGCAUUUCCAACAUGACAUCCCAGGAAUUUGUGGAGAAACUGACCAAGCGACUAAAAAGACACCCUGAGGAGACAGGUGGCUUCCAGGAGGCACCCCUGGCUUAUGAUGCUAUCUGGGCCUUGGCACUGGCUCUGAACAAGACAUCUGGAGGGGAUGGCCGCUCAGGUGUGCGCCUGGAAGACUUCAACUACAACAACCAGACCAUUACUGACCAAAUCUACCGGGCAAUGAACUCCUCAUCCUUUGAGGGUGUCUCUGGCCAUGUGGUGUUUGAUGCCAGUGGCUCUCGGAUGGCAUGGACACUUAUUGAGCAACUCCAGGGUGGCAGCUACAAAAAGAUUGGCUACUAUGACAGCACCAAGGAUGAUCUUUCCUGGUCCAAAACAGAUAAGUGGAUUGGAGGGUCCCCCCCUGCUGACCAGACCCUGGUCAUCAAGACGUUCCGCUUCCUGUCACAGAAACUCUUUAUCUCCGUCUCGGUUCUCUCCAGCCUGGGCAUUGUCCUAGCUGUUGUCUGUCUGUCCUUUAACAUCUACAACUCCCAUGUCCGUUAUAUCCAGAACUCACAGCCCAACCUGAAUAACCUGACAGCUGUGGGCUGCUCGCUGGCAUUAGCUGCUGUCUUCCCCCUCGGGCUGGAUGGUUACCACAUUGGAAGAAACCAGUUUCCCUUCAUCUGCCAGGCCCGCCUCUGGCUCCUGGGUCUGGGCUUUAGUCUGGGCUAUGGCUCCAUGUUCACCAAGAUCUGGUGGGUCCACACGGUCUUCACAAAGAAGGAGGAGAAGAAGGAGUGGAGGAAGACCCUGGAGCCCUGGAAGCUGUACACCACAGUGGGCCUGCUGGUGGGCAUGGAUGUCCUCACUCUCACUAUCUGGCAGAUUGUAGACCCCUUGCACCGGACCAUCGAGACUUUUGCCAAGGAGGAACCGAAGGAAGAUAUUGAUGUAUCUAUUCUGCCCCAGCUGGAGCACUGCAGCUCCAAGAAGAUGAAUACGUGGCUUGGCAUUUUCUAUGGUUACAAGGGGCUGCUGCUGCUACUGGGUAUCUUUCUUGCUUAUGAGACCAAGAGUGUAUCCACUGAGAAGAUCAAUGACCACCGGGCUGUGGGCAUGGCCAUCUACAAUGUGGCGGUCCUGUGCCUCAUCACUGCCCCUGUCACCAUGAUCCUGUCCAGCCAGCAGGAUGCGGCCUUCGCCUUUGCCUCUCUUGCCAUCGUCUUCUCCUCUUACAUCACUCUGGUUGUGCUCUUUGUGCCGAAGAUGCGUCGACUGAUUACCCGAGGGGAAUGGCAGUCGGAGGCUCAGGACACCAUGAAGACAGGAUCAUCGACCAACAACCAUGAGGAGGAGAAGUCCCGGCUGUUGGAGAAGGAGAACCGGGAACUUGAAAAGAUCAUCGCUGAGAAAGAGGAGCGAGUCUCUGAACUGCGCCAUCAGCUCCAGUCUCGGCAGCAGCUCCGCUCUCGGCGCCCACCUCUGACACCCCCAGAAGGGCCUGGGGUCCUACCCAGGGGCCCCCCUGAGCUCCCUGACCGGCUUAGCUGUGAUGGGAGUCGAGUCCAUUUGCUUUACAAGUGAGGGGGCUGUGGGGAAGAUAGGCCAGUAGGGGGAGGGAUAGGGAGAAGCAGGGCUCCCUAUCCCCAGAUGGAAGAACAUACUGCCCCAUUCCACUUCUUGUAAAUACAGCCCCUCUGUGACUCCUGAGGUUCUCUGGGUCUCCAUUGCUCUGAGAACCAGACCCUUUUCUCUCUUAUUCCUCCAUAUGAUUUUAUGUCACUACUUAGUAAUCUAGUUGGUACCUCCUUGAAGCUUUUCACUCACUGGCUCUUUAGCAGUCUCAUACACACACCUCUCCCUUCUGUACACUACCUCCCAAGAUUGCUUCCUUGAGUUUUAUGUUUUUCUGGGGCAAUUAAAGGAGAGAAAAUAUGGGGAGAUUUGGGAGCUGCUUCCAGUGGAUAGUUGGUGAAAAUUUUGAGCAAAGGAAGGCACCCCUGACUGUUGACAUGGAUAUAUGGGACUAUGGAGCAGCAGAUGGUAACCCUUUCACACUGUGGUAUCUUUUGGGAAAGGAUCUCAAUAAACCAGUGAACAGUAUGACUUAGCACCUGUCCCUUAUUGGGAACAGAGUGGGCUUCAGUCCAACCACAGACACUUGGAGGGCUUCAUGGCACUGGAAAGGCAUGAAAGGGGAGGUGUAUAAAGAGGUGUUUUAUUGAUCCUGUGAGGACUUAGCAGGACAAAGCAGGACAUGCUCAGGGCUGCCAUUACUGAGUGAUGGCAUUAGUGGUUAAAAAUGUGGAGUUAGACUACCAGAGUGUUAGGUUCUACAACAUGCAAAAACUUCUGUAUUCUGUAUUCUCUAAGUUCUUAUUUGUGAAGACAAUAAUUAUCUUCCAGCACCACCACCACCAUGCAGAUUCUGGGUAAAUGCUAGCCACUGUCAUUGCUAUUUAAUGAGUUCUCUCACAGUGAUUGACACGUAUUGGGAGCCCAGAGCAUGUAGCUGAACAGAUGUGAGGACUCUCCUUGUUAGGAACUAAGAACAACAAAAUGAUGAUUGCUAGGAGGUAGUGGAUGAGCUGGCCCCUGAGUGUUUCCAAACUUAGAAGUCUUUGUCUAAGAACUCGUGGCAUCUUGGAAGGAUUUGCUAUCCAAAUAAAAAGAAAGUAUUGAAUGGCUAUUGGAAAAAAAUAAACAAAUUUGCCUGGAA